AUGCUCACUCCCCUUGCGUCAUGUACGCGCACACCCAUCCGUCACUACUACCGCUCCCUCCCUCCCGCCGCCCACGCUCCCUCCCCUCUAACGAGAAUGGGGACUCCCCGCGCCUUGCAACUCUCCUUCCUCCUGCUACGCCACACCCCACACUCUCGUCUCCCCAUCCCUCAUCUCCCCUUCCCUCGUCUCCCUAUCCCUCAUCUCCCCAUCCCUCACCUCCCCAUGCCUCACCUCCUCAUCUCUCAUCUCCCCAUCCCUCAUCUCCGCAUCCCUCAUCUCCCCAUCCCGCAUAUCCCCAUCCCUCAUCUCCCCUUCCCUCACCUCCCCGUCCCUCAUCUCCCAAUCCCGCAUCUCCCCAUCCCGCAUCUCCCCAUCCCUCAUCUCCCCAUCCCUCAUCUCCCCAUCCCUCACCUCCCCAUCUCUCACCUCCCCAUCCCUCAUCUCCCCAUCCCUCACCUCCCCAUCUCUCACCUCCCCAUCCCUCACCUCCCCAUCUCUCACCUCCCCAUCCCUCACCUCCCCAUCCCUCAUCUCCCCAUGCCUCACCUCUCCAUCGCUCAUCCAUCCAUUCCUCAUCUCCCCAUGCCUCACCCCAUCUCCGCCGCACCCCGUGGCAUCGUCACACGUCGCCACUUCCCACCUCUUCCUACUUCCCAUCCCCCUCUUCCGCCCUUCCUCCCCCCUUCUCUCAAUCCCUUCCUCUCGCCCUGCCAUCCUACUUCCCAUCCCCCUUUCCUCGUUUCCCCAGACCUCCUUUCCCCAUCCCGUCAUUCACUCUCCCUCCGUUCCCCAUCCUUCCAUUCCCCAUGCCUACUUUCACCAUUCCACCAUACCCCAUUCACCAUACUCCUAACCCCAUCUCCUCCUCACCCCAUCUCCUCCUAUACACAUCCGCUUCUUUCCCCUUCCCUCGUCACCGAGUCCCCUCCUCUCCCCAUCCCCUCCUCUCACCAUCCCCUCUUCUCCCCACCCCCUCCCGUCCUCUCCCCAUCCGCCCAUCCCACCUCACCACUUCCCUCCUCUUCCCAUCCAUCCUCUCCUCAUCCCUCCCCAUCCGUCCUUUCCCCAUCCGAUCCUCUCACCCUCCCCUCCAGGGAGCUGCUUGGGGCGCUGUGGGUGGAUGGCGGUGGGCAGAGUCACACAGCAUAG